AUGUGGAGGCUCAAGCAGUUCAUCCCCAAGGAGCAGCCCAGUGGCCUGGAGGGUCGGACCGUCGAUGUCGGCAAUGUCAAGGUGCAAGUCCGGGAGGCCAUUGCCGAGGGUGGGUUCUCAUCCGUCUAUGCUGCCCGAGACCUGGUCAACCCAGCGAAGCAGUACGCUCUCAAGCACGUGAUCGUCCAGGACGAGGAGUCGCUGGGCCUGGUCCGGAAGGAGAUCACGGUGAUGCGGUCGCUCAAGGGACACCCAAAUGUGGUCGCGCUGGUUGCACACGCCAUACUGGACAUGGGGCGCACGAGGGAGGCGCUGCUGCUCAUGGAGUUCUGCGAGAAGUCGCUGGUUUCUGUGUUGGAGGGCAGAGGAGCGGGCCACUUUGAUGAGGAGAAGGUGGCGCUCAUCUUCCGGGAUGUUUGCAAUGCUAUCUUUGCAAUGCAUUGCCAGACGCCGCCUCUUGCUCACAGGGACCUAAAGGCAGAAAAUGUUCUUCUUGCUGCUGAUGGGGCAUGGAAACUAUGCGAUUUUGGUAGUGUGUCGACAAAUCAUAAGUGCUUUGAUAAACCUGAGGAGAUGGGCAUUGAAGAAGAUAACAUCAGGAAGCACACCACUCCUGCAUAUAGAGCUCCUGAGAUGUGGGACUUGUACAGGAGGGAGGUUAUCAGUGAGAAAGUAGAUAUCUGGGCUCUUGGGUGUCUCUUAUAUAGAAUCUGCUACUUCAAAUCAGCAUUUGAUGGAGAAUCAAAGCUUCAAAUACUUAACGGGAACUAUCGUAUCCCAGAAUUGCCGAAGUACAGUUCUUCUAUUACAACACUUAUCAAAGACAUGCUUAAUUCUUCUCCAGAUGCCAGACCAGACAUCACACAGGUGUGGUUCCGUGUUAAUGAGUUACUUCCCUUGGAGUUGCAAAAGGAUUUACCUGAUGGAUCUCCAUCUGGAUCAGCAUUUGAAUCUCAGACUGCCAUUGAUGAAGCAUCAACGAGACCACAGCAAAUGAGUGCCUCUUCAUCAUCAAGAGACAAUAUGAGGAGUACCUCUCUUAGUGAUUCUUCCAAUGUCAUGGCACAAGGUCCUCUGAAAGCUAUGGACAACAAGGGUUCUAUGGGUGCAUUUUGGUCAACUCAACAUGCUCAGGAGCUAUCUUUUGCUUAUGACAAGGAGCCAGCUUUUGAUGAAGAGCCUGUUAAUCAAGUCACAUCAAAGCAAUCACAGGCUAAGAACCAGAACACACCAGCUCACAAUUCAUCUCGGAAGUCUCUGUCUGCAUCAGUUGAUAGUUCACCUGGGGAUUUUGAAAUUAGGUUUUCUGCAAAUGGCUCGGAGUCUGGGCUGGAGAAAACCAAAACGGCAAUAACAGAGAAUAAAACAAAGAUACAAACUACUGCCUUCAACUCCUUUGUGGCAAACUUUGAUAGUAUCAAAAUGAACUCGCAAAACAGUACUGACAAUGUAAACAUGACUAGCAAAUUGAAAGAACAUCAAUUGGAAGCAGAAGUAACUUUACUCAAGGAACAAUUAAAGAUAGCAAACCUGGAGAAGGAAGAAAUUUCGUUGAAGUUUGAUAAGUUAUCUGCGAUUUGCUCCUCUCAGAGGCAAGAGAUACAAGAGCUUAAGCAAGCCUUAGCUGCAGCUUCUGUUACACCAGCAGCUAAACAGUUCAGAGAAAAUUCAAAGGUUGAACUCACCCCACCCAGCAAAAGCCUCGAUACUCCGCCGAGGGAAAAGAUUGAAGGAACCCCUCCAGAGCUCCGGCAAGGCCUAUUUACUUCAAGCCCGGGAACACCAAGCCCUGAUCUGAAAACAUGGUCAGCUUUCCCUGAAGAGCCAAAAGCUCAAGCAGCUGUGAAGAGUGUCCACCCCAGGUCAGUCCGAACUCUGCGCGCAUCAAACAGCAACAAAGCCAGCUCGCUUGGACAGUCAAAUAUAAGUUCUAGCACCGAUCCAUUUGCCUUUGGUCAAGAUAGCUUUAAGGUUGCUCCUUCUGGAACUGCACGUCCCCAGUUAUCAAACAUGGGGAGUACUUCUCAGCUCAAUAGUCUGAAUGUAGAAGAAAAGAAAGAUGGAUCCUACCAACCAGCUGGAUGGACUGGGUUCUAA